AUGUAUAAAUUAAAAUUAUAUUUCAGAAACAACGCUAUUCCACCUAGGAUACAGCUCCUACUUGCUCUACGGUACUACGAAACUGGUUCGCACCUUAUUCCUGCUGGGGACUUCUCUGGAGUUAGCAAAACUAGCGCUCAUAGAAUUGUUCACCGAGUGACUGCUGCUAUUGCUGGACUGGCUCAAGAAGACAUUAAAAUGCCUUCCACAGAAACAGAAGUUACUGCUGCUCAAGUAGAUUUCUAUGCAAUAGCACGUUUCCCUAAAGUUAUUUCGGCAUUAGAUCGCACGCACGUUCGAGUGCAGUCAUUUGGUGGAGACGAUGCUGAAGUGUUUAGAAAUCGAAAAGGAUAUUUCUCCAUAAACGUUCAAGCCACUUGUGAUAGUGGCAUGAAAUUGACCAGUAUUGUGGCACGUUGGCCAGGAGCAGUUCAUUAUUCCACUAUUUUUCGAAAUUCUAGGAUAUGCGCUCGAUUGGAAGCUAGUGAGUUCAGGGACGCACUUAUAUUGGGAGAUGGAGGAUACGCGUUAAAAAAUUACCUUAUAACACCAUUAAACAACCCUGUAACUGAAGCCGAAAGGUUAUUUAAUGAAUCUCAAAUUAGAACUCGUAAUAAAAUCGAAUGUACGUUUGGUAUAUGGAAGCGCAGAUUUCCGUGUUUGGCGACAGGAAUGCGCUUCAAAGUUGAUCAUGUGCUUCCUGUGAUAGUAGCAACUGCGGUGUUCCAUAAUAGAGCCCGUCUUGCUGCAGAGGAUCUAGCCUCCGACGAGCCUCUUCUAAAUGUUCAUUGGGACGAAGUUUUAAACGAGGAUCUUCAUAAACGUGGUAACUUGUCUGGCGAUGAUGGAAAUGCACGUUGA